CAGUCCAAUGAAGAGCGAGCCGGAUCGCCGGCUGAGGGGCGUGCUUCAUCCUCGCGGAAUUUUUAAAAAUGGUUGCCCCCGCACCUUGUCACGGCUGCGCCUGGGGCCCCGUUUCAUCUCCUAGUGUCCUGGGUGUGGUUAGGCCCCAAGCCGGGGAGCUAUUUGCCUCUCACAGGAGAAAGCCAGGGCGGGGUUCCGCGGGGAAUGGCGGUGAGGGAGCCACUUGGGACGAGGAGACCCUAAAAUGAAGACGCUUCGGGCUUGAGGCUUCGGAAGGGGCGGGCAGGGAAGCGCGAGAGAGUGUGUGUGUGUGUGUGUGUGUGUGUGUGUGUGUUGCCGACCGGUCCCCCCGCCGUGGCCCAGUGACUGAGUCAGUGGAUGCGAGCGUCCCUGGGGUGAUGCGAACCGGCCCCCUUCCCAUCGCCAUGGUGCAUGCGGGGUGAACGCGGCCGGGCUCUGCACCCGGAAACGGUGACGCAAUGUGUGUGGACGUCUAUGCGGGCCGCAGGGCCGGGCUGCCAGGGCACCUGCAGGGGCGACGCAGCCGGACCGUGCCUCUCUGCGCCUCCACUCCGUGUGACGUCAAUGCCCGUGGGCUCUGCGAGGGUGGCACGGCCGGGACGGGUCUCCGUGUCUCUGAAACGUGCUUCUGCACUUCCGUCGGGGUGACGGGGACAGGCAGUGUCUGUCUGGCGGGGGCGUGUGUGGGUGUGAAAGGGCCAUGUGCGACUGUGACAGGUCGGGAUCGCGCCCGCGUGCUUGGACUUUGGAGUGAGCACCGGGGUGUGCCGACUGUUGUCAUCUGUAUUUCUAGUGUCUCCGCUGCUGGCCGUGCCUUCGCCUUCCAACCAUGUGGUGCUUGCUAGAGAGCAGGGGUCCCAAAGUGACGUGAGAGCCUCGACGCUGUUGUGAAAAUGACCAGGAAGAAGAGUUCACGAGUAGCCACGAGAUGGCCAUUUUGGAGCCAGAAGAGCUCUCCAUGCAGAAACAAGAGGAAGUUAACCUCAGGAAUAGAUUUCCUUUUGGGGAGGAUAAAGGCCAGCAUCCUUCAGAAAAAGCGUCCGCGAGGAGGAAGACAAAUCGUUAAACAUCGUAAAGGUUCAGGCCAGCAUCCUUCAGAAAAAGCGUCCGCGAGGAGGAAGACAAAUCGUUAAACAUCGUAAAGGGUUCAGCUCUAGCCUCUCGGAAUUUGUGUCUUCUGCAGAGGAAACCCCAAGAAGACUGAUCAGUUGUUCAGUUCUAAAACAAUGGCCCAGGGUUUGGUGACAUUUGCCGACGUAGCCAUAGACUUUACUCAGGAGGAGUGGGCCUGUCUGAACUCUGCUCAGAGGGACCUGUACUGGGAUGUGAUGCUGGAAAACUACAGUAACGUGGUCUCACUGGAUUUGGAGUCAGCCUAUGAGACUAAGAAUUUACCUACAGAAAAAAGCCUUCAUGAAAUACGCGUUUCCAAAAGGAAUUCAGAUAGAAGAAGUAAAUCCCUUGGCCAUAACUGGAUAUAUGAAGGUACGCCUGAAAGACCACAGCGCUCGAGAGGCAGGUAUGUCAAUCGAAUGGUCAUCAAUUGUGUAAAAAGGCCCACUGCUAGAGAAGGCACCCCUCCCAGAUCCCAUCGGAGACAUCAUAAGGAGAAUUCUUUUGAAUGUAAGGAUUGCGGGAAAGCCUUUAGUCGCGGCUAUCAACUUAGUCAACAUCAGAAAAUCCAUACUGGUGAGAAACCUUACGAGUGUAAAGAAUGUAAGAAGGCCUUCCGAUGGGGCAAUCAGCUUACUCAGCAUCAGAAAAUCCAUACCGGGGAGAAGCCAUACGAAUGUAAAGACUGUGGGAAGGCUUUCCGAUGGGGCUCAAGCCUCGUUAUUCAUAAAAGAAUCCAUACUGGGGAGAAACCCUACGAAUGCAAAGACUGUGGCAAGGCCUUCCGGCGUGGCGACGAGCUCACCCAGCACCAGAGGUUCCACACUGGGGAGAAAGACUACGAGUGCAAAGACUGCGGGAAGACUUUCAGCCGUGUAUACAAACUCAUUCAGCACAAGCGAAUUCACAGCGGGGAGAAGCCUUACGAAUGUAAAGACUGUGGGAAGGCCUUUAUUUGUGGCUCAAGCCUCAUUCAGCAUAAAAGAGUCCACACAGGUGAGAAGCCCUAUGAAUGUCAAGAAUGUGGGAAGGCCUUCACUCGAGUAAAUUACCUUACUCAGCAUCAGAAGAUCCAUACCGGUGAGAAGCCCCACGAGUGUAAGGAAUGCGGGAAGGCCUUUCGCUGGGGUUCCAGCCUCGUGAAGCACGAGAGGAUACACACGGGCGAGAAGCCGUACAAAUGCACAGAAUGUGGGAAGGCCUUCAAUUGUGGCUAUCAUCUCACUCAGCACGAGAGAAUCCACACGGGCGAAACCCCAUAUAAAUGUAAGGAGUGUGGGAAGGCUUUCAUUUACGGCUCGAGCCUUGUGAAACACGAGCGAAUUCAUACCGGGGUGAAGCCCUACGGGUGUACAGAUUGUGGGAAGAGCUUUAGUCAUGGCCAUCAGCUUACACAGCACCAGAAAACACACAGUGGGCCGAAAUCCUACGAAUGUAAGGAAUGUGGGAAGGCGUGUCACCAGCUAAACCUCCUCCGAGAACAUCAGAGGAUCCACAAUAGUUGAAGCUCCCUCUGAACGCAGCCGCCCGCUGUUAUCCGUGGUUUCGCUCUCCAUGUUUUGUUAGCCGCAGUCAGCUGCGGUUCAAAAAUAUUAAAUGGAAAAUUCCAGAAAUAAAUCGUAAGGCUCAAAUGGUGUGCCCUUCUGAGUAGCGUGAUGACAUCUCUUGCUGUCCUGCUGCAACCAGCCGGGGAUGUGACUUGCCCCUUGGUCCAGCACAUCCGCGCUGUAUAUGCUGCCACCCUGCUAGUCACCUAGUAGCCACCUUGGUGAUCGGAUCGACUAUCAUGGCCUCACAGUGCUUGUGCUCAAGUAAUCUUUACUUCACUUAACAGUGGCCCCAAAGAGCAAGAGUAGUGAUGCUGGUAAUUCGGAUAUGCCAAAGAGAAGCCACAAAGUGCUUCCUUUUCAGUGAAAAGGUGAAAGUUCUCAAUAAGGAAAAGGGAAAAAAAUGUAUACUGAGGUUGCUAAGAGCUACAUGAUAAUAAGAUAUUUUGGGAGAGAGAGAUACGUUCUCAUAAUUUUAUUACAGCAUAUUGUUACAGUUGUUCUAUUUUAUUAGUUAUUGUUGUAAUCUCUUACUGUGCCUAAUUUAUAAAUUAAACUUUAGAUAUGUUUGUACAGGAAAAAAUGUAGUAUAUAGUGUUGUAUAUAUGUACGGGAAAAAAACACAGUCAGUACUAUCUGUGGUUUCAGGUAUCCACUGGGUGUCUUGGAAUGUAUGCCCCUCAGGUGAGAGGGGGCUUCUGUACAAAGAGUGUAUGAAGGCCUCUAGACUACAUUCAUGCCUUGCUCAACAUGAGAAAAAUUCCUGAUACUGUUGAACAUAGGAAAGCCUUCACUGAUUGUUUUUUUUUUUUUUUGGACACAGAGUCUCAUUCUUGCCGAGACUGGAGUGCAGUGGUGCGAUCUUGGCUCACUGCAACCUCUGUCUCCCAGGUUCAAGCAGUUCUCCUGUUUCAGCCUCUCCAGUAGAUGGGAUUACAGGCACCACCAUGCCUGGCAAAUUUUUUAUUUUUAGUACAGACAGGUUUCACCAUGUUGCCCAGGCUGGUCUCCAACUCCUGACCUCAGGUGAUCCACCUGCCUCGGCCUCCCAAAGUGCUGGGAUUACAGGCAUGAGCCACCAUGUCCAGCCCACUGAUCACUCUUCUGCUUACAGAAUAUCAGAAGUCAUUCUAGAGGCAAAUUCGAAGAGUGGAAAAAUCACUUUUUCUUAAUUCUUAAUGAUUGUGUUUUUGGUGUAAACGUUUUUAUCGUGUAGGUUAGUUUAAUGAAUACAUAAAGACUACCAAUACCAUUCUGUCUUUAUUCGUGGCAUCUGUGGAAUAACCCUGCUAAUGUAACACAUAAGAAAGCCUUUAGUUAUGGCACCCGCUCUACCAGUUGUCCCCGCCAUCCCCCACCCACUGCCCCUGUGCAUUGUCUGCCACAUGGACACCCUGUGCAUUAUUUGUACAUAAGGAUAAUCACAUCUACCCGAGACUCCCGUCGUGGAAACUGGAAAUUAAAUGGUACAUGUAAAGUCUUUGAAAGUGUAACUGGAAUAUUGUGUAAGUUCAAUAAAUAACUAUUGUUGUUUUUAUGAUCGUUACUACCAUUAGUAUUGCCAUUAGUGAAUUUUUACAAGAAAACACCCUGUGGGUGCAGUGAGUCUGGAAAAAACUGUUGAUCUUCUAGAAGAAACCAUUAAGAGAUUAUUGUCACAACUGUGAGUUACCCAGUGAUUUCUUAGUAGGCAAAACACAGCGGACAUAAAAAGUUGUUAGACUUCAUCAGCAGAAGUGCAAAAUUCUGUUCAUCAAAUGAUGUGGUUAAGAUAGAGAAAAGACAAGAAACAGGACUGGAAGAAGAUGUUUGCUCUACUACACCUGACAAAGAAACUCGUGGAAAAUAUAAAAAAUCCCUCACGUUUAAAAAACAAAUCAAUUUAAAGGGGAGAAAACUUAAGCAGGUCACAAGAGAAGAUCAGCAAAUGGCCAGUGAACAAGUGAAAAUGUAUUCAAUGUCAUUGCUCCUCCAGGAAAUGUGGAGUACAAGCACAGCGUGCUGACCCUCUAGGCAGAGACCAGAAUGAUUCAAUUAAAGUUACAGUAACAAAGUAAAUUUCAGAUGUCUCACCGCAGGGAAAAAGGAGAAGAAAGCAAGGUGAUGGUUGUGUUAAUCAGCUUGAUUUAAUCAUUCCGCAUUGUGUACAUGCAUUGGAACAUAACCUUCUACUCAAUCAGUGUAAUCCAAUUAUUUGUCAAUCAAAAAUAUUAAUAAAAUCAAAGAUGCGCAGGUCUCUU